AUGGAGGCAAAUGAACAAGAUGGCAGUGUUGAUGAUUUGCAGAGUGCACUAAGCAGUGCUGCGCAGAAUGGACGACUUGACCUCAUCCAAGAACUGAUCAGUAGAGGAGCCGAGGUUAAUAAAAGCGAAAAUGAUGGUAGGACCCCAUUACAUCUAGCUGCACAGUAUGGUCAUCUUGAUGUCACCAAAUAUCUCAUCAGUCAAAGGGCUGAAGUCAAUAAGGGCAAAAUUGAUGGUUGGACUGCAUUACAUUCAGCUGCUUUUGAGGGACAUCUAGAUGUCGUCAAAGAAUUGAUCAGCCAACGAGCUGAGGUGAAUAAAGUUGAAAAUGUCGCUAGAACUGCAUUACAUCUAGCUUCACAGAAUGGUCAUCUAGAUGUCGUCAAAGAAUUGAUCAGUCAACAAGCUGAGGUUAAUAAAGUUGACAAUGACUGUUUGACCCCAUUAAGUUUGGCAGCACACAGCGGUCAUCCUGACGUCACCAAAUAUCUCAUCAGUCAAGGAGCUGAAAUCAAUAAGGGCAUCAUUGAUGUUUGGACUGCAUUACAUUUAGCUGCUUUUGAAGGACAUCUAGAUGUCGUCAAAGAAUUGAUCGCACACAACGGUCAUCAUGACGUCACCAAAUAUCUCAUCAGUCAAGGAGCUGAAAUCAAUAAGGGCAACAUUGAUGUUUGGACUGCAUUACAUUUAGCUGCUUUUGAAGGACAUCUAGAUGUCGUCAAAGAAUUGAUCGGUCAAGGAGCUGAGGUGAAUAAAGUUGAAAAUGUCGCUAGGACUGCAUUAUAUCUAGCUUCACAGAAUGGUCAUCUAGAUGUCAUCAAAGAAUUGAUCAGUCAACAAGCUGAGGUGAAUAAAGUUGACAAUGACGGUGUGACCCCAUUAUAUCUAGCUGCACAGAAAGUUCAACGUGAGAUAACAACAUAUCUGAUUAGUCAAGGAGCUGAAGUCAAUAAAGACAAAAUAGAUGGUUGGACUUCAUUACAUUCAGCUGCUAUAAACGGACAUCUAGAUGUCGUCAAAGAAUUGAUCAGUCAACAAGCUGAGGUGAAUAAAGUCGACAAUGACGGUUUGACCCCAUUACAUUUGGCAGCACGCAAUGGUCAUCCUGACGUCACCAGAUAUCUCAUUAAUCAGGGAGCCAAGGUGAAUAUCAGCGGAAAGUACGAUUUGAUCCCAUUACAUUUCGCAGCACAUAAUGCUCAUCUUGAUGUCAUCAAAUAUCUGAUCAAUCAAGGAGCUGAUAUUGAUAAGGCUAGUGACAAAGGAUGGUCAGCCUUAUACCUUGCCGCAGCUGCUGGUCAUGUUCGUGUUUCAAAUAUUUUGCUUUCAAGUCAGCAAGCUGAGUUGUCCAAAGCAAAUAUAAUUCAUUGGACAGAGUUUCAUACCGCUGUAGAGAGAGGCGAUUUUGAUGCCAUCAAAGAUCAAGUCAGUCAAGGAGCCGAGGUGAAUAAAGCCGGUUCUUUUGGUUGGACAGCUUUACACAUUGCAGCAAGUAAUGGCCAUCUUGAUAUGACAAAAUAUUUGCUUAGUCAAGGAGCUGAUGUGAAUUCUAGCAAUGCCUUUGGUAGGUGUGCUUUGCAUAAUGCUGCAACGAAAGGGAACUUGGAUGUCAUGGCAUAUCUUAUAAGUAAAGGGGCCAAUAUGAAUAAAGAAAACAUCUCUGGAAUGACUGCCCUACAUAGUGCAUCAGAGUCUGGCCAUUUGGAUAUUGUCAAAUACUUAAUCGAUCAUGGAGUUAAGGCAGAUCAUUGUGACGCAUUUGGCAUCACUGCUCUCCAUUCUGCUUUAUAUGCUGGUGAGAUCGACAUUACAAAGUAUCUGCUUAGCAAAGGCUCUGAACUGAAUAAAAGAAGCGUGCGUGACUCUGUCAUCUUACAGUUUGAUGGACAGUAUGGUCACUAUGAUGUUGAGCGAUGUGUGCAGAGUCAGUUAGGUCAUGCUGCUAGCAAACUUGUUGAUUCUCUCACUGUCUUUAGAGGUGCUCCAGAAAGUGAUCUUGGUAGAGGCAAAUACCAAGAUGGUGAAGAGUAUACGAAAGUUCAAGGUGGAAUGGUUAUUAUGCAUAUGCUACUAAUAUUGUCUGAUCUUGACAUUCAAGAUGAUCUUGAAAUUAGUCGAGAAGGCAAAACAGUUACUCGCACAUCAUUACAAUUUGCUAUAGGAGGUGGCCGUCUUGCAGUUGUUCGGUAUCUGAUCAGUCAAGGAGCUGAUGUGAACGAAAGCAACAAUGUUGGCUGGACUGCUCUUCACUUUGCUGCGCAAAGGGGUCAUCUUGGUAUUGUAGAUUAUGUACUUGGAAAAGGAGCUAAAGUAACCAAAGGAGACGUUGAUGAUAUCUCGCCUUUGCAUGUUGCUGCAUUUGUUGGCCAUUGUGACGUUACCGAGCAUUUGCUUAGGCGAGGAGCAAAGAUCAACGGAGCCACCAAGGAGAAAGGUUCUACAGCCCUACAUGUCGGAGUGCAGAAUGGUCAUCUCGAUAUCGCGAAAGGCUUGCUCAACCACGGAGCCGAAAUUGAUGCGACAGACAAUGACGGUUGGACUCCCUUGCACAUCGCUGCUCAGAACGGUCACAUCGAUAUCAUAUCGUGUCUAUUUCAGCAACAUGCAGAUGUUAGCAAGGUCACCAAGAAGGGAUCAUCUGCAUUGCAUUUGUCUGCCGCAAAUGGACAUACCGAUGUCACAAGAUACCUAUUGGAUCACGGAGCCGAAGUAAAUCUGAGUAAACCUGGAAAUACUGCGUUGCAACUCGCAGCAGAACAAGACCAAGUACAUGGGACAAGUACAGAUACGUGGUGUGAUGAAGGGCAGAAACACCAUUCUUCCCCGCAUGGUCAUGCAGACACUGAGGGUUUAACAGAAGAUAAGAAGAAGGUUCUUAGACAACAUGCUGAAAAAGGCUGCACAGCAGUUCAUUUAGCCACGCAAAAUGGCUACACCUCCAUCAUCGAGGCAUUAGUUUCUCAUCGCGCUGAUCUCAACAUCCAGUCCAUCGACGGUCAGAUUUGCCUUCAUGAAGCCAUCAGACUUUCCGGUCGGAAGGACAGAAAAGUCGAAGCAACACCAGCACUCCAAAAUAUCUCAGAAGAGUUCUAUCAGAAUGAAUUGUCUCCAAAGAAGGUCCUGGUCUUCUAUCUCUUAGACAACGGAGCAAAGCCGGACAUCAAGGAUAACCAUGGCAAACUACCAGUCCACUAUGCCAAGGAUGAAAUCAUUCGCCAGAUGAUAUUCUCAAGGUCUCCUGCCAUGGACAUCAUCAGAGCUUAUCGAGCUGGAAGGUUGGCGUCACCAGUGGUCAACGCCGUCUCUGUUCAGGUUGGAUGUGACGGUAAAGAGCUCGAACUGGAACACCAUGGCAUUGCAAUGUCUAUCCCAACUGGGGCUGUCGAACAGAAUGAAUCUUGCAAUAUCACUCUCACCCUUGUGAGGGACCUCUUAAGUGUUGACCUCCAAGAUGACACACCAAUGGCAGCAUACGGGAUCAGAUGUGACCCUCCAAACUUGAUCUUCCACCAGCCUGUUAAGAUCAUGAUACCGCAUUCCACCUUAUUCAUCAACCCUGAGCAAGUGAUACCAGACAUCGUCUCACAUAUUUGGGAUACAAGAAAGGGUUUACCAAGAGUUUCGAGGACAAAAUCUGCUGCACCUGACAUAUUGCCGUAUUGCAAAAUCUUGGAGAGACAUCUUGAGUUGCACAUCGAUUACUGUGCCGAGUGGUGGAUUCUUAUCCCUCUUGAGCAACAGAUCAUCCAGCUCAUGUGUACCCCAUACGUACCGGACAAGAUUAAACGAGGCAAAGAGUUUGAUGUUCAUCUCCAUCUGAAUGCCAAUAUCCCGGGCAUAGAAAUGGUCAGUUAG